CUCGAAGGCGACAUCUGGCAGUGCCUUGGCGAGGAAGGCAGGCAGUCUGACGGAGACACACACACACACACACACACUUCGUAACAACAACAGGAUGUAAAGACACAUCUUCGCCGCUUUUCUGAGAUUGCUGCCUCGCUCCAGUUCUCAUCUUCCUAAGUAUUAGGAUGGGGUAAAGACCUGAAGUGGACACUUUAUAGGCCAGAUAGACCUGAAGAAUCUCCAGCCUGCCUGCCAUCUCCCCUAACAACAGGAGGUGAAUGCUGGCACCAUGCACGGACCUCGAAGAAAGCUGAAGCUCGUCGUUAUGACUAUAAUGACCGCAUGCGUCUUCAUCAUAGUGGAAGUCUCGAGAAGUGCCAGCCAGGAUAAAAACAGCCGGCAUAAAAUCCGAAUCCCCACCAAACCAUUCUGGGGCAAGGUGUCGCCCAACAACGCCUUCUGGAACCGCCAGCAGCAGAAACUGGACCACUUGAACAACCCGAUCCUGAACGGACCAAACGGCACGCUGGGUGGCGUUCUGCCGGCGUGGCUCAACGACACGGCUAGCCGAGACUCCUGCGAGCCGGACUUGAAGGUUAUGACGCAAAUAAAGAACUUCAGCUUGCUUCCAGAUCGUUUUAAAGACUUUUUGUUGUACAUGCGGUGCAGGUCAUAUCGCAUGGUUGUGGAUCAGCCUCAGAUAUGCGAAGACGAGCCGUUCCUGUUGUUGGCCAUCAAAUCGCUGGCGUCACAUUUCGACCGGCGCCAGGCCAUACGGGAGUCCUGGGGUCGAGCCGGUCUCGUGGCAAACAAGACUAUUGUGACUGUGUUCCUCCUUGGCAACGCCACCGCCGUGGACCACUUCCCAGACUUAUCGCCCAUGUUGGAGUACGAGAGCUCCGUGCAUGGAGACAUCCUUCAGUGGGAUUACAGGGACUCCUUUUUUAACCUGACCGCCAAAGAGGUCCUUUUCCUCGAGUGGUUCAACACUCGCUGUCCAAACGCUAGCUUCAUAUUCAAGGGUGACGACGACGUCUUCGUCAACACUUUCCUUAUUAUAGACUUCCUCAAGGGUCUGUCCCCCGCCAAGGCACAGAACCUAUUCGUCGGGGAUGUGAUAACGAAUGCUGGACCUCACCGGGACAAGAGGGUGAAGUACUACAUCCCGGAGAACAUUUUCGUAGGGAGAUAUCCACCGUACGCAGGUGGAGGAGGGUAUCUUUACUCGGGAAAGUUAGCCAGGAGGCUUUAUGGGAUCAUGAACGCGGUGCCGCUCUACCCCAUCGAUGAUGUCUAUACAGGCAUGUGCCUGAGGAAGUUGGGACUUGCCCCAGAGAAGCACAAGGGUUUCCGUACUUUCGGCAUCGAGGAGAAAUACCGCAACAACCCGUGUGCCUAUAAGAGUCUGAUGCUGGUUCACCCGAGAAGUCCGCAAGAUAUGAUUAAAAUAUGGGCGUGGCUUAAUGACCCCAUGUUAAAUUGCCAGUAAAACUUCACACGAGGCCUUUCAACACCCUCAGGGUUGCUAAUCUGUAUUUGGCAGCUAAUUAUUAUUAUUAUUAUUAUUGAUCAUGUAUGUGUCGAGCUAGACGUAGGUUUGUGCAUCAUAUCUCUAAAGUGAUCAAAACUAACAGAGAACAUUUCAGAAUUCUGUAGACGUUAAUAAAUAUUUACAAUAGUGUUACAGGUUUCGACACGUCGCUCUGUCACAGUAAUUUAUGUUAGCCGUAAAGUUUAUGUUAAAGAUAACGCUGGGAUCGUGGGAAGUUCAGCUGGUUUGAACUUGGUGCAGUAGGGAAAAAAAAAAAAGAAGAAGAAGAAAAGAAAACCAUCGUCGUAGUUAUGCACAGUCUGUUGUUUUUAUUUAUCUUCUGGACAGAAAGUGUUUGUUGUUGAAAAAACUGCUUGUGCUGCUUUAGUUUUUUCUUUUUUCCUCCCAAAGCUUGAAGGUUAAGCUACAGCGUUACGCACACAAAAACGACCUGCAAGUAAUCAGCUUCACUCGAUUAAUGUGUUGUGAAACCGUCGGCUUAUCAGCGGUCGUGUCGAUGCUCAUACAUGGUGGUCGGUUUAGGUUUUUUUUUUUUUCCUCUCCCCAAGGUUCACUCUGUGUCACCGAUGUUUCAUUAGCUCAUAGACCUUGUCUGUAUAAACAAUGAUGAAUGAAACAGGUUCAUUUCAGUUUGGCUCCUCAGUUAAGGAGAGUUUAGGUCAGAUAUUAAGUAUUGUGGGUCAUGAAAGUGGCGUGUCUUUUUUUUUUUUUUUUUUUUUUUUUCUUCUAACCACCCUUUUUUUUGAGGGGGGAUUCGUACUAAAGUAUGACUGAUAAGCUCUUAUCUCAUAUAUAUGUAAUGUGUACAAGAGGUUAUUUAUUCUAUUGAACAUGUUUUGAUAUUGACUCAAUCACAUCAUGGUCUGUUAAACCAAAGUGCUUAGUGCUGCAUCGACUCCAUUCCGUUCAGCUCUUCUCUUGAGACGUGUGCUUUUUCACCAAGAAGAGCAUUUUCCCAUUUCAGUAUUCGUCUGCCUGUGUGUAACCUGACACCAGGGUAUCAUAUGAAACCGGAUUGGACAGUCUAGUUUGUUUAUAUGGGUGUCUUUUUUUUUUUUUUUUUUUUUCUCCAGAGACCCACAGGCAUGACACACUCGUCAUUUAUCCAAUGAUUAUAAAGAUCUGUUCUUUCUUUCACCACCGCAGUCUUUUCGAUGUUACAGUUACACCUGCUGGUUAGGUGUCGCAAGCACACCCUGCUAAACUAUUUUUUCCAACCAAGACACUGGAUUCCUCUUUCCCCCAGACAGGGCACUCGAGCGCUCUAAUCCGAAAUCAUGCGACAAGCACCGGUUCUCCACUGCUGAACCUGUAAAACCAAAAUAUCAUGCCUCCAAAAACUUCCUAUUCCUCUGAAGCAAUGUUUACACGUCGGAAAACAUAAAUCAAACACAAACAACUAGAAAUAUAUUUAUAGCUUUUAUAGGUUUAUCUACCUUUAUUUAUGAAGCAGUGAAACUUCCCAGCCGGAGUCCUGGCUUUUGGAGUCUUGAAGUUCUUGAAGCAGGACGUAGCUGAUUGAUUGUGAGAACUUGAAUGAUCGUGUCAUAAGGAUUUUUAUAUUAAAUAGUUCACAGAGUACAGUUCAGAUUAUUAUUAUUAUUAUUAUUAUAUUUGCUUCUCUUUAAAUUAAUGAAGAAUACCCUUUAAAAGAAAAAAAAAUCCUGCGGCUUGUUAUUUAUAUUAACGAAUACUUGCUGAGACGGGCCAAAAAUUAGACUGUUACUUGAUUAAAUGUUAAAUUAUACGAAUAGAAAUUUUUUAUCUAUGAUUAUUAUACAUAAUCAUGAUGAUUAUCGGAUGAUGAUGAUGAUAGACGUGACCUGAUUAUGCCAGGAGACAGGAGUGCUUAUACUGUGUCUGGAUGUGCCACGGACUCGUGCCGUUUCUUGCGUGACUCAGGUCCAUGAUUUUUCAAACUUUAAAAACACAACAAGCAGGUUUUAAGAAGGUGCACCAAAAGAUAACUUAUGACAGUUAUGCAUAAGUACACCUUUGAUGUUUAUGACAUCAUAAGGAGGUGCUGAGCUUUUUUUUUUUUUCGUUUUGUUAACAAGAAUGUGCCUGUAUUUUUCCUUCCUCUCUUCUUACUGUGUCUGUAACUUAUCAUGCACCUUUUUUUUGUUUGUUUGAUUGUUUCUCUGCCUGAUUUAAAAUAAAAUAAAAUAUAACUGGUUUUGUA